AUGAUAAUUACAAAUUAUUACAAAUCAGGAGAUCUAACACAUUACAUUUCAAAAGAUUUUCUUAAUAUUAGUUGGAGAAUUAAAUUAAUUAAAUUAAGAGGCAUGAUAAAAGGACUUGAAAUACUACAUAAAGAAAAUAUUGUCCAUCAAGAUUAUCAUAGUGGAAAUAUUUUUGUUAGAAACAGUAAUAAUGAUUAUUUUCUUGCAUCUGUAGUAACGGGUGAUUUUGGAAUAAGUAAAUCUGCAAUUGAAACAUCAGAUGAUGAUAAUGAGGUUUAUGGAAUCAUUCCGUAUGUUGCUCCAGAAGUUUUUCAAGGACAAAAAUAUACUAAAUCAUCAGAUAUAUAUAGUUUUGGUAUGAUUAUGUGGGAAUUAAUGACAGGAAGAAGACCAUUCUGGGAUAGAAGCCAUGACACAGAUCUUAUUAUUGAAAUAUGUGAUGGACUUCGCCCUCCGAUUGUCACAAAUACACCUGAAGGUUAUAUUGAAUUAAUGCAAAAAUGUUGGCAUUCUGAUCCAAAUGAAAGACCAAGUGCUAGUGAUAUUACUAAAAAAUUUGUUUACUAUUCUAGUAAUUCGGCUGUAUACAAAGAACGCGAUAACCCAACUAAAAUCAUAAGUUCACCAGAUAUUGGACCUGUAACAACAAAUAAUCCAGGCGCCAUCUAUAAAAGUAGGCCAUUAAGUACAAUGAUAAAAUCUGCCAACUUUACAAGAAGUCUAAGAUUAAAAAGUCUAGGAUUUGACAAGAGAAAGUUUAAUAAUAAUUUGAUUGAGAAUAAUAAUAAUAAUAAAGAUAAAAUCCAUAAAAGACUUAAAUAUUGUGAGGAACAGAAUGAUGAUUACUUAACACAAGAACUCGAAUUUGAUAUUAAUUGUAAUACGAAUUCUAACAAAUCUGAAGAUAAUGAUUAUAUUACCAGUGAACUUAAUUUUGAUAUUUAAUUCUUUCGAUUAUGACUAUACAGUAUUUAUGUUAAAUUAUUAUUAUGAAUUUAUUUACUUUAUUUAUUGUUUAUCAUCAUUUAUUUAUAUUUAUUAAUGUUAUAUUAUUACCGUAUUUCCAUC